GUCACGCCGGCGGGCGCUAAGAGCAGCUGCCCAGUGUUGGGCGGCUUUGAGUACCUUUCAGCACCUGCGGGUUGGAGGGAACGCCGCUUGCAGCUCUGUCGGCACGUCUCCGUUCGUCCUUACCCUCCUUAUCCUGCACCCAGUCGCCGAGAGCAACCUUCCUCCGCGACCCCACGUCUGAGGCACGGCCGGAGGCUAGAGGCGGCCCGCCGGGUUCCUGUCUGGCCCUCGCCGCCAGCGCCCGCGGAGCCCGCCGCCCGCGGCCUCAGCGGGACGAUGCUGGAGUCCAUUCGCGUGACGGAAAAGCUUCACUGGCCUGAGCAAGAACUUGCUAAGAAGUCUAUUCUAAUUGUAGAAGAGUCCUUGAUCAUUGACAGCAAAGGAAGCAUUUCACAUUUAUCUCCUGGAAUACUAAAGGACAUUUUCACAACUGGAACCAGUAGUUACAAUGUCCUACUACAGAGCAAAGAGGAGAAAAAGCAUCAUUCACAAAAACAGUCUUCUUCCACCUACUCCAAAAGAUGUAGAAAACCCAGCAAAUCUAGCUCUUCACGUAGUAAAGAUCUUCGCAAGAUGAAAGCCCCAUUGCCUGUGAUGAGCAGUGAUACUUGGUACUGCCUAGAAAGGCAGCCUGCUGUUUUUGUCACUAGUUCAGUGUCAAGUCCUGUAAAGUUUACACAUGAUAUCUCUGUUACAGGAAACAGCACAGUACUGACACCUAAACCCAAAAAUGAAAGAAAGGUCAAGCGACGCCAUUUCUCCACUCUUCCAAAGCCAAAGCCACAGCCUCAGCUGUCUGGAAGUUUUGAAAAAGGAGAUGACUUUUCUGGAAAGAAAUUUUGUAUACUGAGUGCUAUAAAGCCCACCAACUUGGAGAAAGAAAAAGUGAGAUUCUUUAAGUCUGACUAUACCUACAAUCCUCAGUUUGAAUAUGCUAAUCCUUCUCUGCCAAGUGUGUUAGCCAAGCACAGCAACGCAACUGACCGGUUUCUUAAGCAGUCCAUCAAUAUUAUGGAACUGACUUUACAAAAGUAUGGAAGCUAUGAAAAAUUUGAACAGGCCACUGGUGGUAGCCUGCUAUCUAAAACUCGAAUCUGGAGUCAUGUUAGGAAAUACAUGAUGAAAGAAGGCUGCAUGGGUGAGAUUGUAGUUCAUCUUACUGAGGACCUGCUUUCCCGAGCUUCCAUGACAGUAGUAAAUGGAUGUCCAACACUGACCAUCAAUGUUUGCACCGCACGUGAGCAUUGGCUGGAAGGAAUGCUGAGGCAUGAAAUAGGCACACAUUAUUUUCGAGGUAUUAACAACCUUCAGCAGCCAUGGAACAGUUGGACUGGCCGUAAAAAACAUGAGCUAAAGCCAAACAAUCCCACAGAGGAAGGACUGGCAAGUAUUCACAGUGUCCUGUUUAGAAAAGACCCCUUUUUAUGGAGGGCUGCCCUCCUCUACUACACUGUUUAUCGAGCCAGCCACAUGUCUUUUUGUGAAUUAUUCAAAGAUAUUGGAAAGUUUGUCAAGGACCCCAACACAAGAUGGGAUUAUUGUGUACGAGCCAAGAGGGGACGGACUGAUACCUCCCAACCAGGGUGUUUCAGUAAAGACCAGGUAUAUUUGGAUGGUAUCCUGCAAAUCCUCCGAUAUAGAGAGACCAUUGACUUUCAUCUUCUGACGGCCCUGGGGAAGGUCUCUUAUGAAGAUGUGGAUCGCUUAAAAGGAUUGGCAGUUACUGAAAACAUGAGGGUCCCUCACUUCCUGCAGGACCAUGUCCGAUAUAUGGAACACUUAGAGAAGAUCAUGGAAGUGAAUGAACUGACUGACAGGGAACUGAAAGAUCUUAUAUAUUAAGUAGCAUUCUUGCAAACAUAGCUAAGCUAUACCUCCAUGUAUAUUACCAAUUAGGUGCAGUUAGCACCAGCAGAUUUAUAAAAGAAGAAUGACUGUUUACAUGAGUUUUCUGAAGAAUGGUCUGCAGUAUUCAGCUGAAUAUUUAGGUUAAAACAGACUUUAAACUGUUUCCCUAAAAUGUUUCUAUAGGCUACAGGGGAAAGUUACUCCUCUUUUCUUUUCAUCUGAAUCUCAACAGAGUCAGAUGAAAAUACUGCUGAUGGGUGUUUUUGAGGAAUCUUGGUCAAACUGAGUGAUAAACUUCUGCCUGAGCACCAAGACCAGCUCUUACUAGAGAUGGAAUUCCUGUGUUGUUCAAACUCCAAGGUAAUAUUUAAUAAAUAAUGGUAAUUAUUCUCCUUUGAAAAAUUAGUCUGUGUUAUGCUCCCAAAAGCUAGAAAAUAAGAAAUUUAAGAUUUCUUAUUUACUUAUAUGUUAAGUAAUGUUAAAGGGAGGGGAAAAGCAAUUUGAAAAGUUUUCAUAGUUCUUUAUUUUACACGUUAUUGUUUCACCUUAUCAGCUUAUAGGAACUAAAGUAGAAGAUUACCGUAUUCUGUCCAGUUAUUCCUUAACUAAACUCGGUUUUCAUCUGCUGAAACAUACUGGACACCUUCAAAAUUUUAACCAAGUUUUAGGGUCUUUCCUUCCCAAGUCUCAGAGGCUUUUCUACAUAAAUCAAAAUAGUUGGGGGAGAAGCUACUUACCUUUUUUAUUAAAUGGAGCAAUGAGCAGGGGAUAAAUCAUAUAGGAGCUGGAUGUUGACUGGGUAGCAUCUACAGUAAGCUUGACUGUAUACUCUAAGAAACAGAAUUUCUGGGCAUUGCCAUUUGAUAAACUGGCUU